AAGCGAGGGCGGGACUUAAGCACAAGAGGGAAGGGCAUUGCGAGAAGGGGCGGGACCUAGCGAGAAUUACUCCGGGUGCCAGGGACCCAAGGGCGGGCUCAACCCCGGAAGAAGCGAUUCCAGUAAGACUAGUGACUUCCGGUUUGGUCCGCUGCCGGGACCGGACAAUUGAGAACUGAAAAAGGAAGACGGGCCAGAGCCGCAGCCGUCAUGAAGCCAGCGGGUCCUAGAGAAGAGAACAGGAAUAAGAUACGUUGCUGAAAGCUCUUCCUCCCCUCCAGUGAGGGGGGAGGAAAUCCCACCAGGAUGACUAAGCUGCCGAUCAUCUCGUCAAGGGACUUGGAGCAAAGUCUUCCAGCUGUAGCCUCCUUGGGCACCUCACUGCCCAGAAGCCAGAGCUUCCAGCCAUCCUUCCUCCCUGCCCUCCCAGAGAAGCGCAGGGCCAUUUCGGAUGUCCGACGGACCUUCUGCCUCUUUGUCACCUUUGACCUGCUCUUCAUCGCUCUGCUCUGGAUCAUCGAGCUGAAUACAAAGACAGGCAUCAAGAAGAAUCUAGAGGAAGAGAUCAUCAACUACAACUUCAAGACCUCUUUCUUUGAUAUUUUUCUUCUGGCCUUCUUUCGGUUUUCGGGGCUGCUAAUGGGCUAUGCUGUGCUGAGACUUCGACACUGGUGGGUGAUCGCGAUCACUACACUUGUGUCCAGCGCCUUCCUCAUUGUCAAGGUCAUCCUCUCUCAGCUGCUCAGCAAAGGCGCCUUUGGCUACGUGCUCCCCAUCGUUUCCUUCGUCAUCGCCUGGCUGGAGACCUGGUUUUUUGACUUCAAGGUCUUGACACAGGAGGCAGAGGAGGAGCGAUGGUACUUGGCUGCCCAGGCUGCUGCUGCCCGGGGUCCCCUGCUCUUCCCUGGGGCGUUGUCUGAAGGACAGUUUUAUUCUCCUCCAGAGUCAUUUGCAGGAUCUGACAAUGAAUCUGAUGACGAAGGAGCUGGGAGGAAAGGCUUCUCUAGCCAGGAUCGGGAGUAUAUCCAGCAAGGGAAGGAAGCCAUGGAGGUGGUGGACCAGAUCCUGGCUCAAGAGGAGAACUGGAAGUUUGAAAAGAACAACGAGUAUGGGGACACAGUGUACACUAUUGAAAUUCCUUUUCAUGGCAAGACAUUCAUCCUCAAGGCAUUCCUGCAGUGUCCGGCAGAGCUGGUGUACCAGGAGGUCAUCCUGCAGCCCGAGAAAAUGGUCCUGUGGAAUAAGACUGUGAAUGCUUGCCAGAUUCUUCAUCGAGUAGAAGACAACACUCUCAUCACCUAUGAUGUAUCUUCAGGGGCCGCGGGAGGUGUCGUCUCCCCCAGGGACUUUGUGAAUGUCCGGCGAAUCGAGAGGCGAAGGGACAGAUACCUCUCUUCAGGCAUCGCCACCACCCACUUCGCCAAGCCCCCACUGCACAAAUAUGUCAGGGGUGAGAAUGGGCCCGGCGGCUUCAUUGUUCUCAAGUCACCUAACAACCCUCAAGUCUGCACCUUUGUCUGGGUCCUCAACACAGAUCUCAAGGGCCGGCUGCCCCGAUACCUCAUUCACCAGAGCCUGGCCGCCACCAUGUUUGAAUUUGCCUUCCACCUCCGGCAGCGGGUCGGGGAGUUAUGUGCUCAAGCGUAGCGGCCUCCUGCCAUCCUCGCCAGGGCAGCGGGGCUUCCCUCCCUCCUCCUCGGCCUGGACGACAAGCCUGCGGGCUCGGGCACUCGGGCUCCUCCCUUCGCCCGCCCCCCAGAGCCCGGCAUUCCUUGGGAGCCCCCGUCCCUCAGAGACCGGCUCUCACAAGUGUCCUGGGGCCGGGGCGCACGGACUCUGCUGGUUAGAGGUGUGUCCGUCUUGCUGGUAUUCACGGGUCCUGCCACAGGGGGGCAGGACACGGUUGAGGGGAGCGUGGCCGUCUCCUACAUCCCAGCAGUGUUGGGAUGCGAUCGGUUCUGGACUUGGGGUGACAGAGGGCCCGGUAUGCCCAGGCCUGCCUUACAGGACCAGGAGCUCCCUGUAAUCAGUGGGUGGGAUGGGGAAUCACUGGUCCCCCAGCUUUCCCAUCAGUGUUUUUAUAAUCACGAUUUUAAGAGUCUGGGACUCUUUCCCCUCCCUCACCCCCAUAAAAACUGGUGGAGGGAGGGGAUAUGAACCUACCUGCCUGGGUGCUACCCCUGCCUCCCUUUUCCUUCCCCAACUAGUGCUUCCUUGGGGGUCUUUGCCCCAGCUCAUUAAAAACCUGAAUGAAACUA